CGCCAGUAGUCAUACCGUUAAAACAGUUAAUUCGGGCUCUUGAAACUUAUCCAAUUUCCAGCCGUUCAUCUCCAACAUCCAUCAAAAUUCGCAACCACCAUGAUAACCUGUUCUUCAUCGUUCUCACCACACCAUUUGAUUAACUCCCGAGAUUUUCCGUUCAAAUCCCUGAAGGAUUUCUCAUUCCUCCACUCAUGCAAAUCUAUAAAAGAACUUAAGCAAAUCCACGCUUUGAUCGUGAAAACAAGCCCAUCAAUUGAAAUACAACAGCUACUAUACUCCAAGAUGCUACCUUUAUGUGCUUGCUUUACCCCCUUUACUGAUCUCAGCUACAUCCACUCCCUGUUUGCUCAAUUGUCUGACCCAGAUAUCAAUCUCUAUAACACCGUUAUUCGAUGUUUUUCCGGUUCCAAGAACAAAGAAACUUGUAUAGUUGUGCUGUUAUUUUAUCUUGAGCUGAUGAAAAAUGGAUUAGUUGCUGAUAGCUAUACACACCCUUUUGUUUUGAGAGCGUGUGCGCAGUUAAAUGCCUUGAGCGAAGGGGAAAUGAUUCAUGCCCAUCUGGUGAAAACGGGGUUUUUCUUAGAUUUGUAUGUUGUGAACACGUUGAUGCGUUUAUAUGGUGCUUGUGGAGUUGUUGACAGCGUUAGGAAGGUGUUUGAUGGAAGUCCUGAGCGGGACUUGGUAUCUUGGACUACGUUGAUUCAAGGGUAUGUGGACAAUGGGCAAUGGAGAGAAGGAAUAGAUAUGUUUUUUGACAUGUGUGAAUCAGGACAAAGAGCUGAUGAGAAGAUGAUGGUUGUUGUAAUCUCUGCAUGUGCUAAAUUAGGGGAUUUUAGUCUUGGCAAGAAGUUACAUGAGUAUGUAGUCCACAACAACGUGAAUUUUGAUGUAUUUGUUGGGAAUGCAUUGGUGGAUAUGUAUCUUAAAUGUGGCGAUGCUGAUUCUGCUUGUAGAGUUUUCAAAGAGAUGCCAGCGACAAAUGUUGUUUCUUGGAAUUCUCUGAUAUCAGGACUAGCUCAGAAGGGAGAUUUUGAUGGAGCUAUGAAUUUGUUCAGGGAAAUGCAGGUUAAUAGAGUUAAGCCAGACGCGACGACUUUAAUUGCUGUCCUUAACUCCUGUGCUAAUUUAGGUGUACUUGACUUGGGGAAGUGGGUUCAUUCCUAUUUGGAUAGAAGCCAAAUUAAGGCAGAUGGGUUUCUGGGGAAUGCUCUUGUAGAUAUGUAUGCAAAGUGCGGAAGCAUAGUUGACGCUCUAGGAGUUUUUGAACGCAUGGAGCAUAGAGAUGUGUUUACAUAUACUUCUGUAAUUCUUGGGUUGGCUUUGCAUGGGGAAGGAGAGGUGGCACUUAAACUUUUCACCAAGAUGCUUGAAGUGGGCAUUCAUCCUAAUGAAGUGACUUUUGUUGGGGUACUGGCGGCAUGUACUCAUGCAGGGCUUGUGGAAGAAGGGCAGAAGUAUUUCACGGACAUGUCCAAAGUGCACAAAAUUGAACCUCAAACAGAGCACUAUGGGUGUAUGGUUGACCUUUUUGGAAGAGCUGGGCUUCUCUCCGAGGCCAUGGAUUUUAUCGAAAAUAUGCCCCUGGAGCCCGAUGCCUUUAUUUGGGCAACUUUACUGGGAGCUUGCAGGUUACAUGAAAAACUUGAGCUUGCUGAAAGCAUAAUGGAACACCUUGCUCGCAUAGAGCCUGAGAAAGAUGGUGGGUAUGUUCUUAUGUCAAACAUGUACGCCUCAGCGAAUAAAUGGAGCAAAGCAUUGCAGUUGAGAAAAGCAAUGAAAAAGAGAAAAUUGAAGAAAACUCCAGGAUGCAGCUGCAUUGAAUUGGAUGGAAUAGUUUAUGAAUUUCGGAGUGGUGAUACAGCACACCCUAAAACUGAAGGCAGAUAUGCAGUGCCUAAUAAGAUAUCAUUUCAGUUGUAUGAUGCUAUCUACUGAUGAAUGAUAUCUAUGUAAAUAGUGGAAACGGAUAGAAGAAACACAUAUUUCCUCACUUAUCUAUGUAAACAAGAGACUGUAAUUGCAUAGCAGAGCUUGCUGUUGCUGCAACUCAUUGAAAAAAUUUCCUCGUCACACUUAUCUAAGAGAUUCUACUCUGCAGAAGUAAGCCAAAUGAAAACAAGUCUGUUAUCCAUUUGUAGCCCUGUCAGUCAACAGUGCCGAGUAAUCUUGGGCCAUCCAUGGUACUUUUAGCUCAAUGCACUCUACAGGCUGGGGAGAUUAGAACUCGACUUUUGCUCUGUUUCUCUCCAAGACUCUCAUCUGGCUCUAGCUUGUUAGCUCCAUGUUACCACUGGUUGCACAACAUAUAAAGGUAGUGCUGGAGAUUCUGCUUGAAAGGAUCUUUUCCAGCUUCUCACCACCUCCUCAUUGAGGAGAAAGCUAACUGCAUCCUACUCCGGUGGCUUGUCUUUUGUCAUUCCUUUCGUAAGACAAUUUUGAAAGUAAGCAAUACUUGCUGCACAUGCAUUUAUUAAUCUCUUCACUUCGGAUGCUUAGCAGUUGCCUGAAAUCAUAGCUGUGGCAGAGUCAUAGUCUGUCCAUGAUUUAUCAUUGAUUCUCUUGAUACACAGUGUGUGGUUUGGUUUUCUCCUUUAGUUUGCUUAAUAAUGUUGUGAGAUUUUCUUGACCCUGUUUUACUACACUUCAGGCAAGUGAUUAACACGCAUAUCUCUGGUGGUUAAUGGCAUUUGAUGAUCAUAACAAUUGUGUGCAACCGCAUUUCACUGUCUAAUGAUUAACUUGGUUACUCCAAAGAUUAGAAAAAGAAUCACAGAUCAUCCGGAUGCCAUUAGGUUCUUAUAGCUAACAAUAUGGACAUAUUCCAGUGAGUAAAAAUUUCUGAUGCCAAAGACAAUAAUAUUGUGAUACUUUUGUUUGCAAGUCAGUUGUUUGAUAUUGCCAGGAAUUGCAUUCAUUUUUACUGAACCUUUUAAACUCAUCUAGCAAUUAAUCGUACAAGUUCGUAAACGUGGAGUGUGAAAGAUUUCCUUUAAGCAACUUAUUAGAGAUUAAACCAGUCUGCUCGUACUGCAAGUGAGAAGUCUCGGGUUCGAAUCUCCCCAUUUAUACUAUUAGUAAAACAAAAAAAAAUCUACUCAUCCUGUGGGGAUUGUUUGGCAAGAAUAAGACAUUAGAACAUUAACGUGAAACAGGGCUAACUAAUAGGAAAAUCAGCUAUGCUUUAGGCACAUCAACUUUCCAUGACCUGAUUUUCUAUUCAGCCCCUAAAUAAUUGCUUUGACCACCGUACAUAUCACCUACAAAACAUAUGUUGGGAUGUCUAUAUUUUGUUUGUAUUAGAAGAUAAAUAAAAGGCUUUAUUUGUUUCUUUUAUAAAGAAAAAAAAAGAGAGAGGAUGAUAUUACUUCUGAGAUUCAUGAAGGGGGGGAAGCAAUCUCUUUGGUAAUUUUCCCACCUCUGCGGUUUUGUUUAUUACAAAGUUAGAUGGAAGGGUCCUUGUGGUAUGUGCUGCGGAGUGCAAAAUAGGAAGUGAGCUCAGUGUCAUUUUUUUUUUUUCUAGAAAUGGUCAGAUUUUAUUCCAAUGUAUUAAUCAAUAAGGUGAAUUAUAUUUUUAGAUUAGUCAUAAUUGUUGUUUUUUUUUUUUGGGUAUGGUGAGAAACCUAAUUAAAUGGUAAGUAACAGAUUAGGCUCCUCUCCAGUUAUAUUGGAGAGAAUCCCCCCCUCCAUUAAACUCCAAAAAAAUUAAUUUAGAAAUUAUUUCAGAGAAUCGACACCAUCCAUAAUAUAUUUUUAUCACUGAUAUUAGUAAUACAUAAAAUUUCUCGUGUUAAAUUGAUUAAGUUUUACCCUCUGAUUAAUCAUUACAAAUUUUGUUACUACAAUUUUACCUUACACAGCACACCAAAGAGCAUCUAUGACAUAAAUUUCUUUCUUUUUUUUUUCAUUUUUUAUUUUUUGAAGCGACAUAAAACUCAUCAGUAUUGUAUACGUUAACUCUUCUUACCAUUUGAUUUAUCUAAACCUUGUCAAAAUUAUGCACUAAUAUAAUAGACUGUUAGUUGGAGGCUGCUUAUGUUAGUUGGGAAGUCCGGUUUGCAUGGAGGAAUUCACUGGCGGGAGUGGGACCCACGCUUCAACUGUAAAUUGGAUGCUGAACAGUAAGUACUAGGCUGCAGCACCAAUUAGCAAUUCUCGACUCAACCGAUUUAACAACAACGUUGUUGUUGUGGAAACCUGAAGGCUGUAUCAAUGGACGAUUUGUAAGAACUCGUAAGCGGUCUAUAGUUUUGAAGAUGCAAUCUGACCCAUGAUGAUGAUUAUAGGAGUCGGGAUCAUGUAAAUUUUUUUUUUACCAAAAAAAAAAAAAAGUUACGAAAUAUUUGCAAAUUGUAUGAAUGCAGAUGCAACCACUGGGCCUUUGGCUCAGUGGCCACCACCUUAUCGGUGGAGUGGGAGG